AUGCUGUAGGUAGGGGUGGUGAGAAGGCAGGGAGGGGUGAGCGUUUUCAUCCUUGAUGGCGUAUCGAUGAAGCUUGAAGAGAGAGAGAGAUGGGAUAAGCAAAUGGUGCGCUUGGCUGGGGGCUGGCCGCAUGGGAAGAAGGAGGGGGGAGUAGCAUUGCAGAGAAGAAGUGACGAUGAUGGAAGCGAGGGCAUCUCCAAGCACGGCACUCCAGGCAGUAGGCAGAGGAAGAGAGGGGUGUAUCGUAUCGUAUUGCCAUUAUGGUUCCCGCUUGUAUGUACAGGUAGGGCAUAUGGAGCAGACUAAAGAGAUGGAGCAUGGAGCCGAGUUACGAUUUACUCUGUUGGUCCAGGCUUGCCUUGAUGUUUACUAGCCGAGCAGCGUUUACGCGCAUGGAUUGUAUUCUACUUGUACAAGGCACGGGGAUAUCAGAGGGGCAGAGACUAAGAAGUGUGUAGCAUCGUGC